AUGCAGUCCAUAUGCUGCUUAUGUUUAUGCCAACACGCCUUUCCACGGAAACUUGCUUUUGCCUACCUUGAAGAUGUUUCUCAAGAAUUUUUGAAUCAGCAUGCCACAAGAAUUGACCAAGUAGCUCGACCGUACCAUUUCCUUGAAUUCGACCAGUACAUACAACAGGCCAAGAAGAAAUACGUCGAUAGGAACAGGUACGCUAUGUCUGCUGUAUCGAAUGAGUUGCAAGAUGUCGCCCGCAUCAUGGUGAGCAAUAUUGAGGAUGUGAUUCAUCGCGGAGAAGCAUUAAAUAUCUUGGAAGCCAAGGCCUCAGAUUUGUCCGGUAUGAGUAAGAAGUACAGAGAGGACGCCAAAGCACUGAAUAGGAGGUUUGCCUUUUAG